GAUGAGCUCUCCCGCUUUCGACGGCCGCGGCCAUUAUGCUGUGUAGCCGGUUGCGACCGCAAAUUUGCCGGCCGAAAGGGGAACUCGUGAUGUGAUCUUUGGUGUUUCUGCGAUCGAGAAGUUCUCCGGAGGAACUCUGCUUCCUUCCAACCCGAGGUGGUCCCAAGAUCAGUGGGCCAAAAGUGGUAGAUUUCGAUCGCCCAACGGAUGCAGUGGUUGGUAGUAGUUGGUGCGGCCAAGGCGGAAACUUCAAGCUGUGCGCACGGAGCGCGUAUGGCGAAAGUGGAAUAGUUGAACGAAAAGCGAACUAAAACCAAAAUAUCAGUUCAACCAUGAACGAUCAUUCCGAGUGUUGCGUGGCCGACGGGGAGAUGAUGGCCUACGGCGUGGUAGUUGCUGCUCGGAGUAGCAGCACCACCAGCAGCAUCGAGCUAUCGUGGACAUACCCGAACCGGGGUGCGAGUUGCAGAUGAAAAUUCCAUUACUUUCCACUCUAUGCCACUACUCGUGACAGGAUCGUGGUGACACGAGCCAGAUGUUCUGUGUGCGUUGGUUCGGUUGGGUUGUGUGAUUAAGGGAACCCAACCGGCACAGUUACUACAGUUCUCCAGACAUUUUAGUGCCAUCCGGCGAGCAGUACAGUUGUGGCCUAAUGUUUCGCGGUUCGAGUCAGGCACCAUCCACAGCUGCUUCUUCUUUUUCUGCCUGGCCCCUGCCCAAAGACAUAAAAAUCCAAAAACCAUUCGACCGGAAACAGUGAGUGAGAGUUGUUGUGUAUGUGUUGUGUGAAGCUGUGUGAAGCGCGCCCAGCAACAACGCCCGCGUGGAGAUUGUGCGGGUUAUUGAGUUUGUCGUGAAAGAAGCGGACCUCUCGGUGGUGGCCGCCAUUGCCACAAACGAAUUAAGGAGCAGCAACGCCAAGAUUUACCGCGGAGAUAGUGCAGCGAAGCGAGGUGUUCCCAGGCCACCAAUACACCCCAGCUAACCGACCGGUGGUGGUCGGUGGAAAAUCGACGAAAAUGGAGGGCGAUAUGAACAAUUUUCUCUUUGGCCAAGAUGACUGGGCGACGGACGACUUCAUGGACAGUCUGCUGAAGAUGAACGACACGACGAUGCUGUUCAAUGAGCCGAGCACCGGCGAAUCCGGUGGCACGGACGAGCUGGACGAAUUUAUGAGCCGCCUAAGCUACACUUAUGCCGCACCCGGAGCCUUCGGGGGCGAGCAGCAGGUCAUGUCGCCGCUCUCGUCGCACUCGGGAUCGGACCAGGAGUUCCACGGGUUCCCCAGUGUGACCGGAAGCAGCAGCGGAACGUCCCUGGAUGGCUACUUCGAUGACGAUCCCGCUGGCGACGCCGGAGGCUUGAAGGGCUCGAUCAAGUCCGAACUGCUGGACGAUGGCGACUUCAACAUGCUAGACAUGCUGGUAUCAGUCGAUCAGCCAAUCUCGUCGGCCGCCUCCGACAGUGGACUCUCGAGCGACCAUCUGGACUUGGACCCCAACACUGAAUAUGAAGCCCUCAGUCCGGCACUAUCGUCACCUGGUCCCUCGAUCAGUGAGCGUGGCGGUCAAAAUUCGCCACCACACCACGUGAACCCGAUUCAGCAACCGGUACCGGUAACGAUGAAGCAAACCAUGACGACGAUUCAGUCACCGGUUCUUCCUUCCGGUUCUGACCUAUCAUCGAUUCCGAAGCAACCACAGGUUAUGCUGCAACGAUCUGCUGCAACGCUCGCAGCUCAACAAUCGCAGCCUCGUUCCGCAGUGAUCAAAACCCAGCCACAAACUACCAUGGCCAAGGCAACGCUCGUCACCACCAGCAACCCGUCUGUGGCGAAUGUGGCCUCAACGCAACCGAAGCCGGUGAAAUUUGCCACCAACAGCACUCUUCUCCAACAGCAGCAGCAACCGUUGGGAGUGAAAACGAUCAUUACCACCGGAGCAGGUGGAACGAAAAAGCUGCUCCCGAACGGAUUUACCACUGGAAAGGAGCUAAAGAUCGUUCGUAUGGCCACGAUGAAAAACGGUCAAACGGUAGCGGUGGCCAAUGGUCUCCAGCCGGUAACGACAACCGCUCCCAGCAACAAGAAGUUUACGCUUCAGCUGAAGAACGGCACGACCGCCACGAUCACCACCACAGGCACGGCCGGUCCGAAAGGAACUGCCACCGGAACGGUGCUUCCGAAGACCGUUGUGCUUACAUCGGCCCCUGCCACGGUCAACGGAUCGUCCGGUGUCGCCGGAGUGCGUAAAAUCAUUCGCAUGCAGCAACAAUCGCAGCAAAAUGGCCGCCCCAUACUGUUGCCGCUCUCGAUACAGGACCUUCGUACGAUCAAGAUCGUGAACGCGAACAACUUGAAGGGCAGCAAAUCGGCCAACUUCAAGCUGGCCCCCGCGAGCCUGCUGCAAAAGCCGAAACAGAGUUUUGUCCAGAGCAACUUGAUCGUGAAUGGAGGCGACGUGGUCGGGGACUGUGGCCUGUCCGAUGCGGGUGGUCCAAGCUCGUCGGACUCCGAGAGCUACGUGUUUGACGAUAUUAUGCAGCAGAGCAACUCGGUAAUAGCGGAAGUCGAACGGCACCAGCAAAAGCACAUUAUCAGCGAUUCUGACGUUGAACCGGACGGGGACGAUUGCAUGGACGACGAUGACGACACGGAACUGGAUGACAUUGGGAAGGGCCGCAACCGAAACGGCACCUACCAGAAGCUCGUGCUGACGCCCGAAGAGAAACGGCUGCUGGCGAAAGAGGGAAUCUCGCUGCCAACGAGCUACCCGCUGACCAAGCACGAGGAGCGCGAACUGAAGCGCAUCCGGCGCAAGAUCCGCAACAAGAUAUCGGCCCAGGACUCUCGCAAACGCAAGAAGGAGUACGUCGAUGGGCUGGAGGAACGCGUGAAACAGUGCACCGAGGAGAACCAGAAUCUGGUGAAACGGAUCAAGAUUCUGCAGAGCCAAAAUCACGAUCUCGUCAGCCAGAUGAAACGCAUCCAGUCGCUGCUGACCAAGGGUACGAGCAAAACGACACAGCCGGCCACCUGCCUGAUGGUGCUGCUGAUCAGCAUGGCGCUGGUGGCUGUUCCGAACCUGAAGCUUGGUAACACGACCACCCAGCAAAACAUCCAGGAUUCGCUCGAAAUGUCCGAGCUGAUGCAGGAACCGGCCAACGACAAGCUCCAGGUGGCGACAGCCGCCCAACAGAGCCGUCGCUCGCUACUGUUCGACACCAAGGAAAGUGUGGCCGAUGAGGAGAUGAACCUUGAAGAGAUCAUGUCGUCGUUCAACGCAAACUCGCUGAUCGCCAACGAGCACGAUUACUUCACCGAGGCGGACAGUCGACAGGCCUACGGCGAGCCACCGAUGGCGAAGCGACAAAAGAUUGCUCCCCUAACGCUCAUCGACUACGAUGUGGACGAUGACGUGUGGAACGGUGGUGACAAAAUACGCAUCAAACAGGAACAGGCAGCUGUCACCAUUAGCAGUACCGGUGGAUCAGCGGAACUGUUUGAGCAGAAGGUGCGCGAGUUUCAGGACGCUCUGCACAAGUCGGCCUACGACAGUGACGUUACGUGCAAAGCCGAAUCCUCGGAGCCAAUCAGCGAGCUGAUCGUGGAUCGCGAUCUGCUCGAUCUGGUCGCCGCGAAGGGUACCAACGGGCUGUACGGACACCUGAAUCUGGACGCGUUGUCGAUGCCAGGGAAGGACGUCGAACAUGUCGAUGGUAUCAAUUUGCUCGUCGGUAACGUACCGACAGCGACGCUCGGAAGCAACUCACCCGGCGCAGAUGGUUCCGAUGCACGGAAGCUGAAUGCUUCGCAGCAAAUUCAGCAGCAAAACAACAAACGCAAGUUGUUACUCUAAGCCCCCUCGGGCUGUGUGCUUGUUGCUGCACUGUUCCCGGAAGUUCCGCGGAAGACGCUGGCUGUUAGAUUCAUCACUUGGCGGUCCAACAGAGGCCACCGAACGGCCCUUUGAACUGAGUGAUGAACUCCCUGUGUAAAUAGUGUGCGUGUGAAAAAGAUUCCGUUAGGCAAUGAAUCGGCAAACGGUUCUUUGUUGCGUAGACUUAAGGUACAAUGUGUGAGCGGCGGGACGCAUGGUUGGCGCUAAAAGAUGCAUUUUAACACCGUUCAAAAGGGCUAUCCCGAAGCCGAAGCCAGUCAACGGAAUGGGCUAUAAGCUAGCUGUUGACCCAAUCUAACUUUGUUUAGCAUUAAUGAAAGCUGUUUCGUAAGAAAUCUGUUCUACAUUCAAGUAUUGUAACGCAUAUUAGAUCGACUUAAGAGCAAAUGUGGUUUUCCUUUUUCCUUGUUAACAGUGUAGGUGAGUGUGUUUCUUGAGUAACGCCGAAAGUCCUUCACCAUUCAAUUACGUUUGGCAACUAUCGUUAACUUCCAUUGUAUUUGUUUACCUUAUUGUGUAGCGAAUGUGUUUAUUACUUCACUUUUCCUCGUGUUUAAGCUUUUUAGAUGUACGAUUCUCUGUGCAAUUUUCGUUCACGUUCGCUAGCUUCAUUUGUUUCUAAGCAUUAAGACACAGUUUCGAGCUUGUUGCGUGCAAAAUGGGAUAAAAACCUUAGCCCUUACUUACCGCUCUAUGAUAGUCCUUUGCACCGACUCGUGCCAGCACCAAGGAAUGUUGAACGCGAACGAAUUAAUGAAAACAGGCACUUUUGCAUAUACAGCUUGCCGGGUAAAUUAGAUUUGUAGCUAGGUUAGGAAGUUGGGUUAGCAUUCGCCGAGUAUCCUCGUACUCGUCCUGUUCGCUUUUUGUUACACAUUGUAGGGUUUAAAGGCCACCGUUCGCUGGGCGGCGAUUGCGAAUGAUUGAUGGUUGCGGAUAGCAACCUGUGAGGUUAUGAGCGAUGACCGUGGAAGACAGAUUUCUUUAAUCACAGCACACAUUGGAUGAAAACUGCACCACCGUAAACUGUGUAAAGGAUUGCUUUCCUCUCUCGGUGCUUUCGCUACUUCUUCAAGUGCAUACCAUCAAGUUAUAAUCAUUUAACAAUUACCAACCUAUACGGCGUAGUUAAAUAAUUAAU